UCUUUUUUGAGCUCCUCCCUGGCGUCGAUGAGUGUAGCUCCCAUCGUGGGCGAAGGCUCAUCGCAGCCGCCGUCCCUGCCAUCCAUCGACGAACACGCCAUAGACAACUCGGAGGCAGAUGUCACGCCCGCAGCCAUCAAGACCGACAUCAAAGUGGCCCUGAACGGCCUGCCCGAGGCGACCAACGGAUCUCUAGCAGAGCCAAUGGACGCAGCCCGUCAUGGGAGAGAGAGGGAGUUGCUUGAUGGUGUGAAAGAGGAGGAGAGGGGUGAGGGGAAGAUGAUGAACGGGCUGGGGUUUGGCGCAUCGUCGUCGGCCGCUGGUGCACCGGCGACGCGGAUGAAAGACUCGCACAUUGACAAGGUACGGUACGCCCAUGAGGGGGGAGGUUGCCUGAGUGCGUUCUGUUUUUUCACUGUAUCUGUCAUGGCUGGCUGGUGGUUGUGUUGUGACGUGCAGGGUUUGGGUGAGCCGAUUAUCGUUGCGCGGCACAUUUCCAAGUCAUACGCCAUCGUCGGCCGGGACGAGAGUGUCACAGCACUCAAGAACAUCAGGUAGACAGACUGGGGAGACCAAACCAACGCACACACACACAGACACAGGGCGCGGCGCGUGCAUGUGUAUGUGUGCUUCUGUGUGUCCAGCUUGAGCACGGCGCCUGACUGUCCGUUUCCUCCCAUCCGUCGCGGCGAGUUUGUGAUGAUCCGGGGGCCUUCGGGCGGCGGCAAGACGACUUUGCUCAACAUACUCGGCACCAUCGACCACCCGACUACCGGUGCGUUGCUGACACAUAUGGCGCGAACACAUGGAUUCAUCCCUCGUCCUCUGUGUGUGUGCAGGUGAGGUUGAGAUCUGCAACCGUUUGAUCAGUCGGCAUUCGACGGACGUGGAGCUGUCGCGGCUGCGGCUGUCCACCAUCGGCUUCGUCUUCCAGACGUUCAACCUGCUGGCCACCCUAUCGGCCUUCGAGAAUGUGGUCAUGCCCCUGAGGGACACGCACGCGCGCAGGGGGGUGUCAAUUCACCUGAUGUGUGUGUGUCCGUGUGUGUGGUUGAAUGACUCAGGAGCUGCCGAUGAUUCUGCUGGGAAAGCUCAACAAGAAGCAGCGGCUGCAGAGGGCCACAGGUCAGUGAUGGACCACCACGGCAUUGUCACCGUCUGUCCGUCUGUGCGUCUGUCCAGAUUUGCUCAAGAAAGUGGGUCUGCAGGACCGGCUGGAGCACCUCCCCAGCGAACUAUCCGGCGGCGAAAUGCAGCGGACGGCCAUCGCCAGGUACACAGAUGGGUGGGUCAGCCACACGACUCACUCAUGCAGACAGUCAACAGAGGUGAUUAUCUUGUCAAUUUCGCUGCGUUUCAGGGCGCUUGCAAACGAGCCGCAGCUGCUGCUGCUCGAUGAACCAACAGGUACACAUAUGGUGAAUCAACAGACAGACAGACAGACAGAUGAACAGGUGACUGUGUCCGUCUGGGUCACUGCAGGGGACUUGGACACCCGCAACACGAUAGAGGUGAUGGAUCUGCUGCUGGACAUCAACCAGAGGGGCUUCACACACACAGACGAGGAGGACGACCACACCGAGGGCACCAGCGAGUCGACCGGCGGCAUCAACAACCAGGAAGAGACGUACGGCACCACCUGUGUCAUGGUACAGCUACAUGGACACUAUCGACUUAGUGUCUCAUGUCGGCGGGUGUUUUGACUGUGGUCAGGUGACGCACAAUCCUGAUUUGGAGUGCUAUGCCGACAGGAUUCUGUACGUCAGGGAUGGCAUCUUCGAGAAACAGGUGCCAAGGCAGAGAGGCGGGCGGGCAUUCUGAGCGUGUGAUGCUUGUGCACAUGGGCGGAUGGGUAUGCUCCGUGUGUUUGUUGUUUGUGCAGGCGAUCAAUCCCGUGCAGCGGCGGUUGAAGCUGGAACCCUACCUGAAAUACCUCAACAGAGCCACACACCAGAGCUGACAGAGAACGGAUGGAUGGAUGGCGCAGCUCGUGCCUGCGCUGGCGCGUGUCGAUGUAUAUACGAAUUGUGUGUGAGUCGCUGGUGUCGAUCGAUCCGUUUUUGAGCCCCUGGGAGCCACUGACUGACUGACUGCACAUAUCUGUGUGUUGCGUGUGAGCCAGCCAGUGUUCCUGCUAUGUGUGUGUAAUAGACAGUCUGUCAGCAAACUGUCCCUGUGUGUGUGGCGUUUAUGGACUGACUAAGUCUAGUGGUGCAACUUCUCAUUCCCCUGGGCGUGUGAAUCGGUCGAUUA